AGAGACACCAUGCUUUCUAUAGCUCUGUUUUACCUCGUAGCUGUGAUUUGUUCUGCAAGACGGACACAUGCUCUACCUCUGUACCCCGACACCAACAUGGAGCCACAGGCAGAUUUCAUUCAGAAGUUGGUGUCAGAGGUGGAGGACGGAGCGAACCCUGCUGAGGGCGAGCAGAGAGAGGUGAACAAUCUGUAUCCUCUGCUGAUGCAGCACAACGGAGGGAGAGACUCCUGGAAUAAAGGUGCUAAAGAUUCAGCACAGGAAGACAAGUAUGUAAACAUGGUGGGGGACCUCAGAGAAGCCGUGUUGAAGCUGGCAGCGGCUGACAAGCUUCGCUCUCAGGCUUUUCUCAGAUCAGAACAGAACUUGCCAAAGACAAACAAAAGAGCAUGUUUCUGGAAAUACUGUGUGACCAACUAGAGCUCAGCAGCUGCAGGACGUCUGCUGUGAUUUCAGCGCCUUCACUCAACAUCUCCAGUUUUAUUUCCCACCAAACAGUUUAUUCACCAUCUAUACCAGAUCAAUAGAAAAUAUAUUUUUGAAGCUGUAAA